AUGGUGUCCCGCAAAGCCAUGGCAGCGCUGUUGCUUGUGCACAUGGCCACCAUGCUGGCCUCACAGAUUGAAGCCUUUGUGCCCAUCUUCACCUAUGGUGAACUCCAAAGGAUGCAGGAGAAGGAGCAGAACAAAGGCCAGAAGAAAUCUCUGAGUGUGCAGCGCAGAGCCGAGGAGUCAGGCCCCCUGGGCCUUGGGGACCCCACAGAUGGAGAAGAAAGCCCCAUGAUCAAGCUGACUGCUCCCGUGGAAAUUGGGAUAUGGAUGAACUCCAGGCAGCUGGAAAAGUACUGGGCCGCCCUGGAAGAGCUGCUGAGCCCAGUGCCACUGUCCACCCGGAACGGGCAGUAUGGCACCCCUGAGAGUUUAUUUUCAUGGGCCAGGGUGAGGGGUGACAGCAGCAUUGAAGUCGAUGGCACAGAGGGAAACGGGAGCCCCCAGGCCUGA